AUGAAGACCACCUGGAAGGAUAUCGCGCCGGUGCCGAACUCGCAGGAGUUUCUGGACAUCGUGCUUUCGCGCACCCAGAGAAGGCUCCCGACCCAGAUCCGAUCUGGCUUCAAGAUAUCCCGAAUUCGCGCCUUCUACACUCGCAAGGUCAAAUUCACGCAGGAGACAUUCUCCGAGAAGUUCCAGCAGAUCCUCGACGGGUUCCCGCGCCUGCAAGACAUACAUCCCUUCCACAGCGAUCUGCUCAACGUAUUGUACGAUAAAGACCACUUUCGGAUCGCUCUUGGUCAUCUGUCGACCGCGAAACACCUAAUCGAGACAAUCUCUCGUGACUACGUUCGCCUCCUAAAAUACGCUCAGAGUCUCUACCAAUGCAAGCAGCUCAAGCGCGCGGCCCUGGGCCGCAUGGCCACUCUCACCAAGCGACUGAAGGAUCCUCUUGCCUACUUGGACCAGGUCCGACAACAUCUUGGCCGACUUCCGUCCAUCGACCCGAAUACGCGGACCUUAUUGAUUUGCGGCUACCCCAACGUGGGUAAGAGUUCCUUCCUUCGGAGCGUCACUCGGGCCGAUGUCGACGUCCAACCCUAUGCAUUCACGACCAAGUCUCUAUUCGUGGGCCACUUUGAUUACAAGUAUCUGCGGUUUCAAGCCAUCGACACACCUGGUAUCUUGGAUCACCCCCUGGAGGAAAUGAACACGAUUGAGAUGCAGACCGUGACGGCCAUUGCUCACCUUCGAUCCGCCAUUCUCUACUUCAUGGACCUGAGUGAGCAGUGUGGCUAUAGCGUCCACGCCCAAAUGCAGCUGUUCAAGUCUAUCAAGCCCCUGUUCGCAAACAAGCUUGUGUUUAUCGUCAUCAACAAGAUCGAUGUCUUGCGCCCCGAGGAAUUGGACGAGAAGACCGGAGGUGAGCUUCAGGCGCUGGUUUCAUCCGGCGACGUCGAGCUACUCCAAUUGUCUUGCAACACUCAAGAAGGCGUGCAGGAGGUGAAGAACGCGGCCUGCGAGCGGCUCAUUGCUGAGCGGGUUGCGCAGAAGCUAAAGGCCGGCACAUCAAGCAGCGGCACGGUAGGCGGCCGGCUGGCGGAUGUAAUGACAAGAAUUCAUGUUGCACAGCCUAUGGAUGGUGGCUUGAGGGAAGCUUUCAUCCCCGAAGCGAUCAAGAUGAUGCAGAAAUACGACAAGAGCGAUCCUCAACGGCGUCUACUUGCGCGAGAUGUCGAGGAGGCGAAUGGUGGCGCCGGUGUUUUCAACGUCGACCUGAGAGCAGACUACAUCCUGGACAACCCGGAGUGGAAGCACGACAGGAUUCCCGAGAUCUUCGAUGGAAAGAAUGUCUCCGAGUUCAUCGACCCUGACAUUGAAGCCAAGCUGCAGGCUUUGGAGGAAGAAGAGGAAAAGCUCGAGGCUGAAGGAUACUAUGACUCGGACGAGGAACUCGAUGAUGCUGAGGAGGCUGACUUGCGGAUCAAGGCCGAGAUGAUCAAAGAGAAGCAAGCGCUGAUGCGCAACGAGGCGCGGAUGCGCAAAGUCAAGAACCGCUCAGCCUUGCCUCGGCAUGCUGUCAGGAAGCCUCUUUCACAGCUUGAGGACUCGCUUGAUCAGUUGGGCGUUGACACUCACGACCUGCAACUCAGAGCAAGGGCGCAAUCGGUCAUGCGUGGUCGAUCUAUGAGCAGGAGCCGACUCGGCACAGAGGAUACGAAUGCGAUGGACAUCGAUCAGACACCGAGGGAGAGACUGAGGUCCCAGACCCGAACAAGAAGCCAGCCGGCAACAAACCGACUCGAGGAUGGUGUAGCAGAUGAGGAGGCGAAAGACAAGAUGGCGAAGCAGGCCAAGCUGAGUCAGAGAAAGAUGAACCGCAUGGCGAGACAGGGAGAAGCAGAUCGCCAUAUUGGUACAACGAUGCCCAAACAUCUGUUCGCGGGCAAACGUACAGUUGGCAAGACAUCCCGGCGUUAA